AUGACGUCGCUCAUCGGCCAGUCCGAAACCAUUGGAUACUCCUUCUCCGAGCCAACAUCCGCUAAUGUCAAACAACACUCUUUCUACCCUUACACCGACAAUGGUGGAUCCACGCUCGGAAUCACUGGCUCUGAUUUCGCCAUCCUCGCCGGUGACACUCGUUCCACAUCAGGUUACAAUAUCAACUCUCGCAUGGUCCCCAAGGUCUUCAAGAUUGGCGGGGAUGACGAAACUGGCGCCGGAGCUACCAUCCUCCUGUCUGUGGUCGGAUUCGCCGCAGAUGGAAAUGCCCUCAAGGAAAAGUUGGACACCGUCGUGAAGAUGUACAAAUACCAGCACGGCAAGCCCAUGUCAGUCAGCGCAUGCGCGCAGCGAUUGUCAACCAUUCUCUACGAGAAGCGAUUCUUCCCAUACUACGUGCACGCUAUUCUGGCUGGUCUGGAUGAGGAGGGCGUGGGCGCGUUGUACAGCUACGACCCAGUGGGCUCAUACGAGCGGGAACAGUGUCGUGCAGCAGGUGCAGCAUCAAGCUUGAUCAUGCCAUUCCUGGACAACCAGGUCAACUUCAAGAACCAGUACAUCCCAGGUAGCGGAGAGGGACAUGCUCUUGAACCCAAGAAGGCCGAGCCUUUGCCACAGGACACAGUCAAGCAGCUGGUGCGGGAUGCCUUUACAAGUGCUGUGGAGAGACAUAUUGAGGUUGGUGAUGGACUGCAAAUGAUGAUCAUCACUCGAGAGGGUAUCGAGGAGAUUUACCAUUCCCUGAAGAAGGAUUAG